UUUAUUUUUCUCUUCCCUCAGGAUCCGUUCAUCAUUUCCACAGAGCUGCGGCCAGCAGAAUGGACCUGCUGCCUGACCUAUGGAGGCAGGACUACUGGCUUCCUCCAGGUGUGACCUGGAGGGACGUGGAACAGCUGGCAGACUCCGAGCGACCGCGACCCCACGACCUCCUCCUAGCGCUGCCCCUCGCUCUGGGCUUUGUCGCCCUGCGCUACGUGUUUGAGAGAUUUUUUGCCCCUCCCAUGGGCACAUGUUUGGGGGUGAAGAAUAGAUUACAAGUGACUGCUGCCCCCUCCCCCAAGCUGGAGUCGUUCUACACUCAGAGGAGCAGACAACCGACACAGAGUGACAUUGUUAGUCUGAUGUCACUGUGUGGCAAAACCCAGAGGCAGACUGAGACCUGGUUCAGACUUCGCAGGAACCAAGACCGGCCUUCUCAAACCAAGAAGUUUGGUGAAGCUGCCUGGAGAUUCUUCUUCUACCUCACAGCCUUCAUGGCUGGACUGGCGUGUUUGAUUGAUAGGCCAUGGUUCUGGGACCGAAGGGAAUGCUGGAGACAAUAUCCAGUUCAGCCGAUGGAGAGAGCUCAUUACUGGUACUACAUGCUUGAGUUGGGGUUUUACGGCUCCCUGCUCCUCCGGAUCUCUGUGGACGUCAAGAGGAAGGAUUUUAAAGAACAGGUGAUCCACCAUUUGGCCACCAUCUUCCUGCUCAGUUUCUCCUACUGCACCAACUUAAUUCGCAUCGGCACCUUGGUCAUGCUGCUCCAUGACUCCUCUGACAUCCUGCUCGAGUCUGCCAAGAUGUUCAACUACGGCACCGGCUGGAGGAAAACCUGUGACACGCUGUUUGUUGUGUUUGCUGUUGCCUUCCUUGUGACUCGACUGGUGAUCUUUCCCAGCCAAAUCAUCCAUACCACCCUGGUGCUGUCCAUGGAGACGUUUGAACCUUUUGUCGGCUACUACUUUUUCAACGUCCUGCUGAUGGUGCUGCAGGCGCUUCACAUCUUCUGGGCUGGUUUAAUCAUACGCAUGGUUUAUAAGUUCCUGAAAGGCAAGCUGGAAAAAGAUGAGCGCAGUGAUGAAGAGAGCGAGGUUGAGGAGGAAGAGGACGAGGACAAUAAAGGAGGAAAGGAAAAUGCGGAUCAAGGAGGAGAUUAUUGUUGGGAGAGAAGAAAAGACAAACUGAACUCCAAACUGUCUAUGCUGACCAAUAAUUUUGUCCUAAACAAUCUGACCAGCCACAGGGCAUCUGUCGCCGACAAGAUGCACAAAGCUCAGUAAAGUCCUGAGGAUUGUUACCCACAAGUCCUGGACUUAAACCCUCAAGUCCUGGCUUUGAGGUGCAGGACCCAUUAGGCCACCUGGGCACACUUUUCUAUAAACACGGAUGGCAGUUUGGGUGUGUGAAGUACAAUCCUGGGAGUCGUGUCAGUGCACAGUGCCUGCAUGAUGUUUGUCUUUGUUGUAGCCGACGUUGCAGACUGUCUGCAAAUUGUAACUAAGAAAUUCAACAGUAGCAAAACAAAAGAUGUCAACUUAGAAAGCUGAUGUAAGACCCAGUACAGACAGAAGAAGACAUUUAAAUGAGGAAAUAAAGUCAUGAUUUUAAUCUUUAUAUGUAUGUCUCUUGUGAGGACUUUAGUCACUGAAAUAGUUUUCAAAUGUGAUAGAGUAGGAUGAUAUUGUUUCAGGUACCACUCUAGUAAAUCAUACGUAGACAGUCUGUUAUUGGACAGGUUACAGCUAACAUAAAUGCAAACUUCAUA